UGUGGUCCCUUUAACUGUACGGAUCAUAGGUCUGGAGCUUGUCAGCGCCAUAGAAGGAGUGGGAAGGGCGGAGCAGCUGUCUGAAUGAGUGCGUGGGGGUUAAUUUGUAUUGUGCGAGUGUCCCGAGUGCUAGCCCUCGCUUCCUCGUUGUGCAAACAGCCCCGCAAAUGGUUCCUUGUUUCCUGCUUUGGCUUUCCCUUUCUCACAUUGCAGUUGCAUCGCUGUCUGUUCUGCUUUCUUUUCUAUUCUUAGUUAGAGGGGAACUCUUAAUUAUCACAUGUUGCAGCAGUUGGAAAAGUUGCACGUCCUUCCAGGUUGACAUCAAAGCCAGCUAGAGUUGGACAGGUCUGGUUGCUUCUGUCACAAUAUCAGACAUACCCCAGAGAUUGAAGACACAGGUCCAGAUGGAGGAGAAUGACACAGAUCCAACGGAACAGGUGCCCUGCGCCAAUGAUUCUGGCCCAGAGGACCACACCCAGGACCAUGCACCCCUGAACUACGUGGGAAUUGAAGCAGUGUUAGACCAGAUGAGACGCAAGGCAAUGAAGACUGGCUUCGAGUUCAACAUUAUGGUUGUAGGUCAGAGUGGUCUUGGAAAGUCAACCCUUAUGAACACAUUGUUCAAGUCCAAAGUCAGUCGAAAGUCCUGCACCCCAGACUAUGAGGAAAAAAUCCAGAAGACUGUCCAUUUGCAGUCUGUCAGCCAUGUGAUUGAAGAGAAAGGGGUGAAGAUGAAGCUGACUGUGAUUGACACCCCAGGUUUUGGAGAUCAGAUUAACAAUGACAACUGCUGGGAGCCUAUAGUGAAGUACAUCAAUGAGCAGUAUGAGAAGUACCUGAGGGAAGAGCUUAGCAUCAACAGGAAGAGGAGAAUCCCAGACACCCGGGUCCACUGCUGCGUUUACUUCCUGCCGCCCACCGGCCACUGUUUACGACCCAUAGAUAUUGAGUUCAUGAAGCGGCUCGGCGAAAUUGUCAGCAUUGUCCCUGUCAUCGCCAAGGCCGACACAUUAACCAUCGAGGAACGACAGGAGUUCAGGAAGAAGAUCCAGCAUGACCUACAAGCCAACGAAAUCAGAGUAUAUCCACAGAAAGAGUACGAUGAAGAUGCAGAGGACAGGAUACUGAACGAUAAAAUUAGGGAAAAAAUCCCCUUUGCAGUAGUGGGAACAGACAGAGAACAUCAGGUGAAUGGAAAUAAAGUCCUGGGGAGGAAAACUAAAUGGGGCAUCGUAGAAGUUGAAAACGUAGCACACUGCGAGUUCACCAACUUCAGAGAUCUGCUGAUCAGAUCCCACCUGCAAGACUUAAAGGAUGUUACUCAUAACAUCCAUUACGAGACCUACAGAGUCAGGAAGCUUAACGAUAGCAAUGUGAACGGUCUGGGACUUUCGUGUUUGAGCAUCACCACGGGAGAAAUUGUCCUCUGACAGAGGAGUCAGCGAAUGAGCGGCAGCGCUACACUCACGCCUCUUCAUGGCCUCGUCUGUAGUGCUCUCAAGUUACAAAGAAAUAAAUAAGAUUUGUGGGUUUUUUUGGAAGGGGGGGGGCAGGGGCAUUAGUGCUGUGAUAUGUAUUUCUGUCUCCGGUUAAUCUGCAUGUUCCGUAGCCUUGGAAACGGAGCAGUGCCUAUGUUUACAAGAAGCACAGUGAUAUGUCAGCGAGAAAGGCCACACGUCCAAACCAAAGCAGCGGCCUCGUCCUAAGGCGCGGUCCCCAGAGGGUCACUCAGCAUGGGCCUUUGAAUCAUUAACGGUGUGUGACAUGUGACGCUUUCUGACUACGGAUAAAACAAGCAGUGCCAGUCAGCUCUUAAAUCUGGAAUCAUGCUAUUAUAGUGCAUCGCAUUCUGGCAUCUUCACUGUACUUUUUCUGUACUUCUUAAUAUCCCUUGCAAAAAUUCCGAUGGUUCUCUGUCGCUGGCCAGUUUUAGAUGGUGUGUGUUUAGCAGUGCCAAAAUCUUCGUAAGCUGUGAUCUCGUGUUUUAAUUUUUUACGCUUAUUCAAAAUUAAAAAGGAGUCUACAGGGAAAAGUAAGCUAUAGGAUGGUAACUGUUUGUUGAGAUUAGUCAUAUGCAUUAAAUGCUGGUCAACUCUGUUAUGCAAAAUAAUAAGGCCCCUUGAAGUUCUGGAACUUUUUAUUACUUUGUAAGAGGUUGACUAUAUCUUUUUCUAUAAAAAUGCUCACUAGUGACGUUUUGCAAGGAUAUUCAGAUACUAAUAAUAAUUGUUAAUAUUUUUAUCCUAAAUAUGACUACUUUUAAAUCUCUUUUGUACAGACAAUUUUUAUUUGCCUACUUGUCUCUGGUUUUUAAUUGUAUUAACAUCUCAAAUGUGAUAUAUAUGCCUUACCGUUAAAUAACAAUAUGCAUAUAAAACAAAGAAUGCUUGAUUAAA